AUGGACGACGACAUCGAGGCGCUCAUGCCCCGCACCAAGGCGGCCAACGACCGCGCGCCCGUGGACCUGGACAAGCUGAAGCAAUACAUGGCCACCAAGAAUAAUGCGCACAGCGUCGGAGCACGGUCGGGUGUGGUGGUGCGCGGCGACGUGCGCAAGGACGCGGAGGGCUUCGAGGACAUCGACGAUUUCUGGGUGGACGGCGACUCGAUGCAGGACGACUCGGUGGACGACGACGACUCGUUGACGGGCUCAGAUAAGGAGUCUGCGGACACGUCGGGGGACGUGUCGGAGCCCAGCGAGCACGAGGUGGAGCUACCGGAAAUUGACAGCCCGCGGUCGAGUGAUCGCGAGAGUAUGGACAUUGAACGCAGCUCCAUUCCGUCGCGCACGCAGAGAAGCAGUGUCAGAGUGGAGCCGGAGCAAGAGGAGAAGGACGACGCGGGACCGCCUCCCCCCGCGUCACCCGUUAGGAGCGACGUGUCAUUUGAUUUCGGUGGCUCGCCCCAUGGCUCUGUGGAUAUGAACGCAGACUUGGAUGCGAAUGCGAACGCUCGUCGGAGAGAAUCAUUUGGUGGAGUGCGUGGCUUCAACGCAGAUACGGCGAGCCCGUUCUCUUUGAACGACGGACCGAUGACUCCACUGUCAAAUGCAAGCGACCGCUCGUUGAAGUCUAUCCCUUCGUUCUCAGACAAGAAUUCGCUCUCGCCCAACAUCAGCAAGGAACUUUUCAGCAAAAAUGAGGACGCUAGCGACGUUAGCGCGGAGAAACCAAAGAAGAAGCAGACCAAGGGUAAGAAGGCGAAAAAGUCGGCAAGUGGAAAACAGUCGACCGAAGGCCGUAAGAAACCUCGGAUCCGACCGACAGGCAAGUAUGGCUACCGUACGAAUCCCGGAACAGACACCUCGAUGCAGUCCGUGCAGACGGACGACGAUAACGACGAGUCGUUCGAAGCGCAAAAUGAUUCUGGCGGUGAGACUGGCGAUGACAGCUUCUACAAUGAACCAGACGCGCCGACAGGCCCAGUUCGCGACAGAUUGCCCGAUGCCUCGAAGAUUUUGGACGACGACGAAAAUGACGAGGCGUGGGAUGGUAGUGGCUUACGUCGGUCCAAGCGGAAGCGGUUCAAACCGCUGGCCUGGUUCAAGAGUGAGCACAUGGUGUACGAACGUACCUUCGUCGGUGUGGGCACUGUAAUGCCAACGGUUGUCGGAGUGGAGCGUCUUGGUCAGGACUCCCCAACGUCAAAGCGAACCAAGGCCAAACCUCCCUCAAAGCGGACAAACAACAGCAGAGCUUUGGCUUUGAAGGAGUUGCCGAAGGACCUGCAGAAGCGCAUUAUCGAUGGCGAGUGGGCGACGCUCUACGACAGCCAAGCCGGCUGCAUGAACGAUCUGAACGUCAUUUGCCGCUCGAGCGAGAUUCGUCUGCGCAAGCUCCCCACCGAAGAGCGAGGAGGGGCAGUGGUGCACGCGUACGCGGGGCAGAGUUUCAACCUAUUUAGCCCGUCCCCAUUUGCUCGGUGGAUUUCAGGACGUGUGGUCUUGCCUCCCGGUGCGUGGAAGGAACCCGAGGGCGUCGGCCAAGCGGUGCAGUUGUUCUACGUGACGGGGUGUCAGCCGAAGUCCUUGGAGCUGGCGCUGUCGCCCGAGACGGACGAUGAUUUCUUCAAGAGCAAACACACGAUGCACUUUGUGCUCAGCCCGGGUGACGAAUUCUACGUGCCCUCUGGAAAUGUGUACUUUGUCAAAAAUCACUCCUCCACGGCGGACUGCGACCUGCGAUUCACUAUUCUGAAGCCUGAGGCGCCCCAAAUGGCCUCCGACGACUACGACUCGGACGCUGAAAAGGAAAAAGAGGAGGAAGAGGCGGCCACAAAGUCGAAAUCGGACGCAGCGGAGGCAAGCGGCAGCCCGCUCAAGCGGAAGCGAGAGGAAGAUGCGAAUGCAGAUGUGGAUUCCGACUCGGUCUAG